CGCGGUGCUGCGCGCGACGCGGAGCGCAGCGGAUCUCCACCUCCUUCCUUCCAUCAUCCUUCCUCCCGCGACGUGCGUCCGGCGUCCGUGUCCAUCACAGGGAGCUCGCAGAGAAGGACGUUUGAAAACCCGGGUUGACAGCCCCCAGGAGAAGGAGACAUCGCGGAAGGUUAUGACGGCAGCGAUCACCUACACCUUUUCAGGAAGCCGUUACCUUGGAGACAACAUCACUUCAUUAUGCUUGGUGCGGAAAUGGCAGGCAAAUGAACGCUUUGGGCUGUCUCAAGUGGAGUAGAAGGCUUCAGAGCUUUUCCCCCCAAACACUUCAUCUCUGCGUCUUCAGUUAUGAGCUGCCGUAGAGUGUAAGGGAGGGUUUUCCGUGGUGUCUCCCAAAAUGAGCUUCUGGAUGCUGCUCGUGUUUCUGGCUGGGAUCGUGAACCUGGACCUACAGGUGGAUGCCCAGUCCAACGAGAGACGGGUGGUGGCCCACAUGCCUGGUGACAUCAUCAUCGGGGCUCUGUUCUCCGUGCACCACCAGCCCCCGGCGGACAAAGUGCACGAGCGAAAGUGCGGGGCGGUGCGGGAGCAGUACGGCAUCCAGCGGGUCGAGGCCAUGUUGCACACGCUGGACCGUAUCAACGCCGACAGCAAGAUCCUGCCCAACAUCAGCCUGGGCUGCGAGAUCCGCGACUCCUGUUGGCACUCGGCCGUAGCCCUGGAGCAGAGCAUCGAGUUCAUCCGUGACUCCCUGGUCUCCUCCGAGGAAGAGGAGGGCAUGGCCCGCUGCUCGGAGAGCGGCACCACGCCCACGCGGGGCAAGAAGCCCAUCGUGGGAGUGAUCGGGCCCGGCUCCAGCUCGGUGGCCAUCCAGGUGCAGAACCUGCUGCAGCUCUUCAACAUCCCUCAGAUCGCCUAUUCGGCCACCAGCAUGGACCUCAGCGACAAGUCCCUGUACAAGUACUUCAUGAGGGUGGUCCCGUCGGACGCCCAGCAGGCCCGCGCCAUGGUGGACAUCGUCAAGCGCUACAACUGGAGCUACGUGUCAGCCAUCCACACCGAAGGCAACUACGGCGAGAGCGGCAUGGAGGCCUUCAAGGACAUGGCAGCCAAGGAGGGCAUCUGCAUCGCGCACUCGGACAAGAUCUACAGCAAUGCCGGCGAGCACAACUUUGACCGGCUCCUGCACAAGCUCCGCGGCCACCUGCCCAAGGCACGUGUGGUCGCGUGCUUCUGCGAGGGCAUGACCGUGAGGGGCAUCCUGAUGGCCAUGCGGCGGCAGAACCUGGUGGGCGAGUUCCUGCUGGUUGGGAGCGACGGCUGGGCGGACCGCUAUGACGUCACCGACGGCUACGUGCAGGAGGCCGCUGGCGGCAUCACCAUCAAGCUCCAGUCGGCCGACGUGAAGUGGUUCGACGAUUACUAUCUGCGGCUGCGGCCCGACACCAACCUGCGCGACCCCUGGUUCCCCGAGUUCUGGCAACAUCGCUUUCAGUGCCGCCUGAAGGGACACCCGCAGGAGAACCUCCAGUACAACCGCACCUGCACCAAGAAAGAGUCCUUACGGCAGCAGUACGCUCAGGACACCAAGAUGGGCUUCGUCAUCAAUGCCAUCUACUCCAUGGCCUAUGGGCUCCACAACAUGCAGAAGGCCCUCUGCCCUGGCUACACCGGCAUGUGCGACGCCAUGAAACCGAUCGAUGGACGGAAGCUUCUGGAAUUCCUGAUGAAGACCAACUUCACGGGCGUGUCCGGAGAAGGCAUUCUGUUCGACGAGAACGGGGACUCCCCCGGCAGGUACGAGAUCAUGAAUUUUAAGAAGAUGGGCAAGGACUACUAUGACUACAUCAACGUGGGCAGCUGGGACAACAGCGGCCUCAAAAUUGAUGACGAAGAGAUCUGGGCCAACAAGAACACCACUAUCAAGUCGGUCUGCAGCGAGCCGUGUGACAAGGGCCAGAUAAAGGUGAUCCGCAAGGGCGAGGUGAGCUGCUGCUGGACCUGUACGCCCUGCAAGGAGAAUGAGUUCGUCUUCGACGAGUACACCUGCCAGGCCUGCGUGCUGGGCUCCUGGCCCACCGAAGACCUCACCGGCUGCGACCCCAUUCCGGUGGAGUACCUCCGCUGGGGAGACCCCGAACCCAUCGCCGCCGUCGUUUUCUCCUGCCUCGGCCUCCUGGCCACCUUCUUCGUCACCUCCAUCUUCAUCAUAUACAGGGACACGCCCGUGGUGAAGUCCUCGAGCCGCGAGCUCUGCUACAUCAUCCUCGCCGGCAUCUGCCUGGGCUACCUGUGCACUUUCUGCCUCAUCGCCAAGCCCCACAUCAUCUACUGCUACCUGCAGAGGCUGGGCGUCGGCCUCUCGCCCGCCAUGAGCUACUCGGCCCUGGUGACCAAGACGAACCGCAUCGCGCGCAUCCUGGCCGGCAGCAAGAAGAAGAUCUGCACGAAGAAGCCGCGCUUCAUGAGCGCCUGCGCCCAGCUGGUCAUCGCCUUCAUCCUCAUCCUCCUGCAGCUGAGCAUCAUCGUGGCGCUCUUCAUCAUGGAGCCGCCCGACGUCGUCCACGACUACCCCAGCAUUCGCCAGGUGAACCUCAUCUGCAACACCACCAACCUGGGCGUGGUGGCGCCGCUGGGCUACAACGGCCUGCUCAUCCUCAGCUGCACCUUCUACGCGUUCAAGACGCGCAACGUGCCGGCCAACUUCAACGAGGCCAAGUACAUCGCCUUCACCAUGUACACCACCUGCAUCAUCUGGCUCGCCUUCGUGCCCAUCUACUUCGGCAGCAACUACAAGAUCAUCACCAUGUGCUUCUCCGUGAGCCUGAGCGCCACCGUGGCCCUGGGCUGCAUGUUCGUGCCCAAGGUUUACAUCAUCCUGGCCAAACCGGAGCGCAACGUGCGCAGCGCCUUCACCACCUCCACCGUGGUGCGCAUGCACGUGGGCGACGGCAAGUCCUCCUCGGCCGCCAGUCGCUCCAGCAGCCUGGUGAACCUGUGGAAGCGCCGCGGGUCUUCCGGCGAAACCCUCAGCUCCAACGGCAAGUCGGUCACCUGGGCUCAGAACGAGAGAGGUUCCCGCGGCAACCACCUGUGGAAGCGCCUGUCGCUCCACAUCAAGAAGCGUGAGAGCAACCAGACGGCGGUGAUCAAGCCCUUCUCCAAGGGCCCCGAGGGCCGCUACGGCGGGGACGUCACGCCCGAGUCCAGCGCGAAGAUGCUGUACGAGGUGUCCGAGGUGGAGGAGCACUACCCCGUCUCGACGUACCGGCCGCACACGCCCUCGCCCAUCAGCACGGUGAGCCAGCGCGCGCGAGGACACGACGGGCCGCCCGUUCCCACCUACCUGAGCGAGCAGCCGCCGCAGCGGCCCAGCCUUCCGUCGCAGGGCUCCCUCAUGGACCAGAUCAGCUGCGUGGUGAACCGCUUCACGGCCAACAUCAGCGAGCUCAACAGCAUGAUGCUGUCGAGCUCCCCGGUGGGCGGGGCCCCGGUGGGCUCUGUGGUCGAGGCCUGCCCGCCCCACUUCCUCAUCCCUCGCGAGAUCCAGUUGCCCACCACCAUGACCACCUUCGCCGAGGUGCAGCCCGUGCCCGCCAUGGAGGCCAACGGCUGCUCGCAGGCCGCGGGGAGGGCGUCGCCGGCCAGCGACAGGGACGCGGCGCCCGGUUCGCCCGCCGUCAAGAGCGAGCUGGAGGAGCUGGCCACCUUGACUCCGCCCUCUCCCUUCCGGGACUCCAUGGACUCGGGCAGCAGUUCGCCGACGUCGCCCGUGUCCGAGUCCGCCCUCUGCAUGCCGGCUUCGCCCAAGUACGACCGGCUCGUGUUGAGGGACUACAGCCAGAGCUCCUCCUCCUUGUGA